AUGGACAACUCCUCCGUUGCCCGCAAGGCAGGCAAUGAGGGCUGUGCCUGCGGGACAGCUGCUCCUCCUGCCUCACCGCUACUGGUAGUGGGAGUAUACUCAGUUUCUGAAAAGACUGUACCAAUUCCUGAAAAACUGAAUGAAUGGGCACCACGACCUCCCCCGGAGUUUGUUAGAGACGUGAUGGGUUCCAGUGCUGGAGCUGGGAGUGGGGAGUUUCAUGUGUACCGACAUCUUCGUCGGCGAGAGUACCAGAGGCAAGAUUUCAUGGAUGCCAUGGCUGAGAAGCAAAGACUAGAUGAGGAAUUCCAGAAGAAACUGGAGAGGAAUAAGAUGAUUGCAGAAGAACAAACAGCAAAACGCAGAAGGAAGCGCCAGAAGUUAAAAGAGAAGAAACUGCAAGCUAAGAAAAAUAAACUUGAACAAAAGAAGCAGGAAAAAGAACCUGAUCAAUCUCAAGAGCGAGUCAGCAGCGAGGAUGAUGAAGAGGAUAGCAAGGAGGAGGAAGAGAAGGAAGAUGAUGCUGAAGAGCCAAGUUUUGUGAUGGGAAGAGGAUGAGGCCUUCCAGGGACAGCUGGAAACACUGUUCAUUGCUUUAUAUUCAGGAGCAUGAAAGUCUUUCAUCUCAGCCAAGCAGAACCCAUUGGCGUACAUUAUAUCUGCUUAACGGUGAAUGACCUUCACGUCACAGGCCCGAGAGAUAUUGAUAGAGAAAUGCCAAAUAAGAGAUUUUUUUCUUAAUUGCUUGUAUAACUGCUGUGCAGUCUGCUCUAAGUUUGCUCUAAAGAGUCAGCCAUAAGUCUCUGUGACCCUAGAGUUCUUUCUAACAUGGCCCAGAGUGUUUUUGUCUGAAAGCUAAAACAUAUCCAUUACCAUUUAAGGAAAAUAUUACUGUGAGGGCUACGUAUUCUACUUAUGUCGAAGCUGGUAGCAGUGGGAUACAUGAAUCUAAGGGAAGAGUUUAACCUAAAGUAGAAAAGUGGUCUGUAGCCAGAUUCUCCUGCACUGUGAGUGUUCUGAAUUUGGGGUUUUGUAUGGGGUCAUCUCUAACCCAAAGAGAUCAGUUUAUGUUGCUAGACAAGUUCUAUAGAUUUUUAAGCAGGAUCCCUUUUUUAUUGCUAAAACUUUCCCUAUCACUUUUCUUCCAUGUUUUUUAAAUGAAUAAAGGGGAUGUGUUGGAUU